CGGAGCUCCUCCCUCGGUGGACUGCAGACCAGAUUUUCCUCUGCCCUCGGUCUCCGGAACUCGAGCAUUUUUCUCUCCUCUAUCUUGCUACACACGCAUCCGCGUUGCAAUUGGAGUUUCUCCGUCAUUUUUUAAUCGAAGUUUUGCAUGGCAGUUAGAUUGUUGAAUGCAGAAGUUUCAGAUUUGUGCUUAGGGAAGCCGGAAUUGAUUUGUGUGGCGGCGAACGCCUCGAUUGCGGACGCGUUGGCGAAGCUGAGGGCGUCGGAGGACACGCACGUCGGCGUAUGGGUAUGUAGCGGAGAGAUUGCCGGUGGUUCCUGCAGGUGCGUCGGUAAAUUCAGCGUCGCAGAUGUGACUCUGUUUCUCUGCAGAGAGGAAAAUUUGGCCGAUCCUUUUAAGGCUUUGCAGUCUCCAGUUUCUGAUGUUUUGCCCAAGGGAUUAUCGGUCGUUAGGCAUUUGGAAUCCAAUUCUAGUUUGUGGGAAGCCAUAGGCUGCAUUCUAGAAGGUGCUCAAAACCUAGUUGUGCCAAUACAUAGCCACCUGAUAAACAACACCUCAAGGAAGAGGUUCCUCAACCGGCAGCAGUCUCCAUCUUCCUGCGUUCACAACAAUGGCCGCCUUUACUGCUGGCUCACGCAGGAAGAUGUGGUUCGGUUCCUCUUCAACUUCAUCGGAGUCUUCUCUCCGAUCCCCACUCAGACUGUAGAGUCUCUCGGCAUUAUCGAUCCAGAUGUUAUGGCUGUAGCCUACAACAAGCCUGCAUCCUCAGCACUGGAGUUCUUCGAACGUGCGAUCAAGGAGCAGAGGCCGGUAGCUGUCAUGGACGAGGAGAAUCGGUUGAUUGGGGAGAUUUCUCCCGUUGCUUUAGCCUGCUGCGACGAAACUGCUGCAGCAACCAUAAUGGCGCUGCCGGCCGUGGAUCUCAUGGCGCACAUAGACUGCGGUGGGACGCCGUUAGAUUUGGUGCAGCUGGUGAAGAUGAAGCUGAAGGAGAGUAAUUUAGAGGGAAUGCUGGAAUUGAUGGAUGAGUUUCGUAACUCCCUAACAUCACCUUCAUCAUCUUCAAGCUGUUCUUCAGACGACGAAUCAAGUCCAGGCAAGGGCAGCUGGUCGUGUAAGAGUCGAAACUCGCCUGGAAGGAGGUCUGAGGCUAUUUCGUGCAGCCCCGGGAGUUCCCUGGCGGCUGUGAUGAUCCAGGCACUGAGUAAUCGUGUCAGCAGCGUUUGGGUCGUCGAAGAAGACCAAACCCUGGCUGGAAUCAUCCCAUUUACAGGAAUUUUGAGGGCUUUUCUCAGCAUCCCUCUUGGAAAGCCUCUUUGA